AUGAAGAAAUUGAGUUUGUUCUUUGUUUUAGCGCUGCUUAGCGUAUGUUUUCUGUCGGUUGCCAAUUGUGCCGGAGGUGCCACUGAUACUGGCGGCAAUAGUGGGCCCAAUGAUAAUGAUAAUUCUAGCGGCAAUGGUGGACCCAAUGAUAGUGAUAAUUCUAGCGGCAAUAAUGGAUCCGGUAAUAAUGGAAAUACUGGCGGCAAUGGUGGAUCCGAUAAUAAUGGAAAUACUGGCGGCAAUGGUGGAUCCGAUAAUAAUGGAAAUACUGGCGGCAAUGUUGGAUCCGAUAAUAAUGGAAAUACUGGCGGCAAUGGCGGGUCCGGUAAUAAUGAUAAUACUGGCAACAAUGGGGGAAAUGGCGGAAGUGGCGGAAGUGGUAACGAUGACAAUGGCAAUGACAAUGUAUUGCCACCGAGAGCGAUACUCGGCGGUUGCCUUUACAUUGGCGUUACAUUUAGUUCCAACGAACAUUCUACUGCGUCCUCAGGACAGGAAAAAGUAUUGAAAUCGAGUUCACAAUCGUUUUCAUUGAAUUGA